CCAAAAUACUAUAAUGGAGAUCUUCGUUUCGGUGACCACUUGUUGUUGUUAGCCAUGUCAUUUCCCACGUUUUAUCCUGAAGCUGUGUCUCCUCCAUAGAUUCUGUUUGUUAGUAAUCAGAAAUUUUCAAAUCCCACUGAGAAAAAGUUUGUUCCUUUCUCUAAUUUUGAACUAUUUUAUACUCACUUUUUCAUUGAAUAAGCCUCUCACUUUCCCCUUUUCAAUGUCAUUUUCUUUUCUCUUGCUUGUUCCUCAUGUCUUGGUCUAUAUCCCUUUCCAGCCAUUAUUAUUCUAAGCUUUUUAUUUUUUCAACGCCCUCACGAAAUCUUUCUUUUUUGUUUGUUUAUUUAAAGCAUGAAUUGGUUUUGGGGUUUGGCAUCAUCUCUGCCGCUCACCCAUCUCCACCGUCUUAACCUCCCGUGACACUUUUUUUCAGUUCCCUUCUCACUGUUUAAAACUGAAAGCUACUUGGCUUUGCUUCUGUCCCUGUGAAAACUUGUUUUGGGUUUAGCUCAAGUUUCUCUUUCUUGUUGAUCCAUAUUAAGGAACCAAGCAAUGAAUUGUCUUCUGUUGAGCUUCAUUGUUCUUGGUUUACUUUCAGAGGGAGCUUCUACUUCUAGGCCUCCUGUGAUUAACGUGGGUGCUAUAUUCGGUGUAAGCACCAUGUACGGCCAAACUGCAAGUAUUGCUUUCAAAGCUGCUGAGGAAGAUGUCAACUCUGAUCCUACCUUCCUCGGUGGAUCAAAGCUGCGUAUUAUGAUCAGUGAUGCUCAACGCAGUGGUUUCCUCAGCAUCAUGGGAGCAUUGCAGUUCAUGGAGACUGAUGUAGUCGCUAUAAUUGGUCCACAGACAUCAAUCAUGGCUCAUGUCCUAUCUCAUCUCGCUAAUGAGCUUACUGUUCCUAUGUUGUCAUUCACGGCUCUUGACCCUACCCUCUCUCCACUCCAGUUCCCAUUCUUUGUCCAAACAGCACCUAGCGAUCUGUUCCUGAUGCGGGCCAUUGCAGAGAUGAUCACAUACUACGGCUGGUCGGAUGUAGUGGCCUUAUAUAACGAUGAUGAUAACAGCAGAAACGGUGUAACAGCGUUAGGUGAUGAGCUUGAAGAGAGGCGUUGCAAGAUUUCUUACAAGGCGGUGCUUCCACUGGAUGUUGUGAUUACUAGUCCAGCUGAGAUCAUAGAGGAGCUGACUAAGAUCCGUGGAAUGGAGUCUCGGAUAAUCGUUGUGAACACUUUCCCAAACACAGGGAAAAUGAUCUUUGAGGAAGCAAAGAGACUAGGGAUGAUGGAGAAAGGCUAUGUCUGGAUAGCUACAACUUGGUUGUCUUCUCUGGUAGACUCAGAUUAUCCCUUGGAUCUCAAAUCUCUCAAUGGAGUUCUAGCACUGCGUCUUCACACGCCUGAUUCAAGAAAGAAAAGAGACUUUGCCGCACGGUGGAAGAAGAACAAGACUAUUGGGUUGAAUGUCUAUGGUUUGUAUGCUUACGAUACGGUCUGGAUCAUUGCACAAGCUGUGAAGUCAUUUCUAGAAGCUGGAGGUAAUCUAACCUUCUCUCAUGAUGCAAAGUUAAGCAGCUUGAAAGGGGAAGCGUUGAAUCUAAGUGCAUUGAGCAGAUUUGAUGAAGGGCCACAACUUCUUGAUUACAUUAUACAUACAAAGAUGUCUGGUCUAACAGGUCCGGUUCAGUUUCAUCGAGACAGAUCAAUGGUGCAGCCUUCAUAUGAUAUUAUCAAUGUUGUCGAUGGAGGAUUUCACCAAAUAGGUUACUGGUCUAACCAUUCUGGUCUCUCUGUUGUCCCUCCUGAAUCAUUUUAUAACAAACCUUCAAACCGUUCCAGCUCAAACCAGCAUCUGAAGUCUGUAACUUGGCCUGGUGGCACUUCGGUUACUCCUCGUGGAUGGGUUUUUCCUAACAACGGGAAGCUGUUGAGGAUCGGUGUUCCUGAUAGAGCAAGCUUCAAGGACUUUGUCUCAAGGGUCAACGGAAGCAGCCACAAAGUGCAAGGGUAUUGCAUUGAUGUGUUUGAAGCUGCGGUGAAACUGCUUUCUUAUCCGGUUCCUCACGAGUUCAUCUUCUUCGGAGACGGUCUCCAGAAUCCAAACUACAAUGAUCUGAUCGACAAGGUUACCAAUGGGGUUGACUUCGAUGCUGCUGUAGGAGAUAUAGCCAUUGUCACAAAACGAACAAGGAUUGUGGAUUAUACUCAGCCUUACAUUGAGUCAGGACUUGUUGUGGUGGCUCCUGUCACAGCACCUAACGAAAAUCCUUGGGCCUUCUUACGCCCUUUCACUCCUCCUAUGUGGGCUGUGACAGCUUCUUUUUUCAUGGUCGUUGGAGCUGUGAUAUGGAUUCUUGAACACCGGACAAACGAUGAGUUUCGAGGUCCCCCGAGGAGACAAAUCAUUACCAUUAUCUGGUUCACUUUCUCGACUAUGUUUUUCUCUCACAGAGAGAAUACAACGAGCACACUUGGUCGCAUGGUGCUGUUGAUAUGGCUUUUUGUGGUUCUGAUCAUUACAUCUAGCUACACCGCGAGUCUGACAUCGAUUCUUACAGUGCAACAGCUAAACUCACCUAUAAAAGGAGUUGAUACACUCAUCAGCAGCAGUGGUCGUAUUGGCUUCCAGGUUGGUUCAUUUGCUGAAAGUUAUAUGAUUGACGAGCUCAACAUCGCCAGAUCAAGACUUGUAGCUCUCGGCUCUCCUCAAGAAUACGCUACUGCGCUUCAAAACGGUACUGUUGCAGCGAUUGUUGAUGAACGUCCUUAUGUUGAUCUCUUCCUCUCGGAUUAUUGCAUGUUUGCCAUCAGAGGUCAAGAGUUCACCAGAUGUGGUUGGGGAUUUGCAUUCCCAAGAGACUCUCCUUUAGCAGUGGACAUGUCAACAGCAAUUCUUGGUCUAUCUGAAACUGGGGAGCUUCAGAGGAUUCAUGAUAGAUGGCUUUCCAAAUCUAACUGCAGCAGCCCACACGGGUCUCAGUCAGGUGACUCAGAACAGCUCAACGUGCAUAGCUUCUGGGGGAUGUUCCUUGUCUGUGGUAUCGCUUGUCUUGUCGCUCUCUUUAUCCACUUCGUCAAGAUAGUCCGCAACUUCAUCAAACACAAGCCAGAAAAAGAAGAAGAAAAGGAUAUACCUUCACCAGAGAGUUCUCGUUUGAAAAAGCUGCAGACGUUUCUAGCAUAUGUUGAUGAAAAAGAAGAGGAAUCCAAGAGAAGGUUUAAGCGCAAAAGAAGCAGUCUUUCUAUAAAUGCAAAUAGUAGUAUCUCAUCCACACCAAUAUGAAAAAGAAGUGUUCUUAUGAUCUGUUCAUCUGAUGUAUAUUUUAACAUACACCUCAUUUGUAAGCAAAAUGGGAUUUUGUCCUAGAUGCAGAUUUGGAUAAAGAAUAUAUACAUAUUACCAGUCAUGCAAA